CUACGGUGCGACCGCAAAUUGACGGACAGACUUUUGCACAUCGAGUCAUUGAAAUUUUAUUUAUUUACUGGAGAUUUUAUUGCUUAAAUAUUUUUUUCUUUUUAGUUCUUGAACUCUACUUGGGUUCAUUAGUUAUUUUCAGUCAAAUGAAGUGACAUAAAUUGAAAUAAUUAUUAUAAACAAUCAAAUAAAUAAAUAAAAAAUUAGAUAAUAGUUUGUAAUCAACGGACUUCCGCCUUUUCAGAAGUUUUAUUAUCAUAACCAUGACUUGGCACGCUGGAAUGUCUAUUUGGAUGAUCAUAGCGUUGACUGUCAUCACUUUCACCACCAGUAGCAUCGCCGUUGCAGAUGGUGACAAUGAUAAACAAGGAGAGGUGCAACAGCAGAAGAUUAUCACGACGCCUGCAACAACGGAGCAAAGAUUGAAAGACGCUGAUCGAGAGUCUGGCGUAAAUUAUGAAGAUGAGGAUGACGAUGAUAAUGAUGAUGAAGAUGAUGAGAAUGAUAGCGACAAUAAAGACGAGGACGAAUAUGAAGACGAACUGCGAGACAUUGCUGAGUCCCACGAAGCAAUGUCCAGGGAUGAAAAGACCAAUUCAACAGAUAACUUAGGUCAUUCAAAUGCAAAUGUUUCUCCAGGUUCAGUUUUAAGCGCAAAAAACUUUGAUUCACGUGAGAAGAGCGUUGAAGAGAGUUCUGAUGAAAGCAUGACUUCUAACGAAGCAAUUAGUGCUGAAACAAAACUCAGUACAGAGGUAGAGGAGCUUAUAAACUUCAAACGUCAAACGAGAUCGAUGAUGAAACGUGUUCCAACGGUAAAAAAAGAACUUAAUACACAAAAAGAAAUACAAGGGAACGAAACUAUGUUUGAUAUACUGGCAGAGACUUUGGGAUCACUUGAGGGGAAAAAUGUUGUAAAAACUCGAGGAUUGAUCGACAAUAAUUCGUUGGAAAAUGAGAGGAUUAAUGAAGGAUCCUUUGUUGAGAGGAGACCAAGUGGAGAUGGAACGUAUGGGAGAGAAGAAGGUGGUGGAGAGUAUGUUGAUUCAGAUGUCCCUACGCAAAGCCUUGGAAAGCUCAACAAGAGAUGGCAAUCUGAUCUCAAGGGUUUUGGAACUCAUUUACCUUCUACACAUCCAUUGGAGCUCGAGAAAUUGCAAAAACUAAAACUUAGGACUGAAGAGUAUGCCCUAGUCGAAAACUUGAUGGAGUUAUUGGUGAAGCUUGCAGAGAAUCCAAAACGAUGGGAACGGGCUCACGAAUUGCUAAAGGACAUGGAGGACGAUCUAAUUUAUACGAGGGCACUGGAUUCUGAGAAACGUGAUAAUAACAAUUUCCUCGAGCAACCUUCGAACUCUAACACUUUGUCGGUAUUGGAAAAGUUGAAAUCAACGGCAGAGAAACCCAAGAAAAAAAAGAAGAAAAAGAAGAAGGUGCGAAAUCAAUUGGCUAUGACCACAGAGAUAUCAUCAACACCUACUAUUCCCACGACUUCACUUACAGAAACAACGACAUUUCCUUGGAAAAUAUAUCCUGACAGGUUCCUAGGGUCUUUGUGGUUAGAUUCUGAUCAACGAAAGCCCUCAAAUUUAGCAAAGAUCCAUUACGCAGUUUCAGCGAAACAACAGAAGUCAAUGACUCCUAAUCACCGUGACGAGAAUUCUGGGUACCUUAACGAUCAAGUUCCAGCCGCACGCGAUUCUCUAAGGAAAUAUCCCCUAUCAAGAAAGUUUCACUUUGGGAAGAUAAAUACUCACGAGAAGGGUUCGCCACUGGAUCAACACGAUUCGAAAACGUCUGUUUAUGGAGUUGAUACGACUGGGUCUUCCCCUAACUCUCGACUUCUGUAUUAUCAAUUGCCUAAGCCAACAUAUCUUAGAUCGAGAAGCCGUGAUGAUAGAUACGAUCAAUACAACCAAUACUCUGGAGAAGUUCGGGAUGAUGGUUUAAAUGAUUAUCAAGACUCUUUGAACUAUCCUCGAAAUAAGUUUCUGAACCAUUGGGGAUUCUUUAAUAAGCCUCACAAAUAUUCGAGAUAUAACUUAAGUCCUCCAAUGAGUUCUGACUAUGAAGAUGACAGAAGUAACUGGGGCACAAGAUAUCGACCAUGGCAGAGUUUCUGGAGACCAAUAUUUGAACUCGAAGAUGAGAAUGACACUGAAGGGAGAAUGUACGGGAAGUUUAAUUCCUGGUCGGCUGAGAAAAACAUGGAAAUGCCGCCAUGGAAUUUAGUUGAUGAAUCUUCAAGAUCAAAGGGUUACGGUAGAGAUGUAGUUGUGGCUGACAAGAAUAGAAAUCACUCAGAACUUAGCGAGGUGUUAAAGUCCAAACAGAUAGAAGAGAACGUCGUUCUCCCCAAGAUCACAAUGAAGACGUGGAAUAGUUUAACUUCAGAUCCAGCGACUUGGCCUUUUAAACUUUCCAGUGCAAAGCCCUGGCCAAAAGAUAAAAAUGGAAAGUCUUACAAUCCCAAUGCUGACCUAGUUAGGAAGCUUGGGCUUGAUAAACAAGAACAAUUAAUUGAUAAAGAUGACAAUAAGGGUGAAAUGAAAACGGGAAAUGAGAUUGAACCUGUGAAAGAAGACAAUCAUCAUUGGAGUAAUGAUAGAAAAGUGUGGCCUGUCGAAAUGUCUCCAAAGAUUCAGUCGGUUGGUGGUUGGGUUAUGCCUGCAGAUCAAUCGACUUGGACACCCUACGAAACUAAACAACGUCAGUCAUUCCAGCAUGCUGGAACGUCUAGGUGGCAAGAGAGACCUGAUAAUGCUUGGCAGGGAAAAUUAACCGACUGGAACAGUGAGUUUAGCAAACAACCAAGUCACUCAGCUACGUGGCCACCCAAAUGGAAGCAAUUUUCGUACCACAAGGUUAAUGCCGGGCCAAUCUCUAAGCCAGGUUCAUUGGAAGGAACUGCUCGAACGAGAAAUGCAUUUAUCGCUGUAUCUGCUGUUUCACCAUCUAAAUAUCCAAGUAAUAAAUGGAAGAAUGAUGUUGAAGAUACUUCAGCUGAUGAUAGCACAAGACAUAUUGACCAGGAUGAUCCUACAAGUCAACUACUUCAUGGCAACUCGAAAUCUUUGAUAAAUCAGUGGAAUGAAUAUAAAACCAACUCUGACAGAAGGAAUGAAACUGAUCCGCUUGAGUACCAACUUGAAGAGCUCCGAGAAAAUAAUUUAGAAAAACGAAGUCCUCCAACAGAAGCCACAUACUUGGUUUCUGCAACUUUAAACACGACAGCGAGCACAAGAGCGAGUGGAGAUGAAGAAAAUCAAUUGCCACAGAAGAAAAUAGAAAAAGAAAACACAUUGAAAAAAUAUGUGAAACAGUAGAUUAUUUAUUACAUCAUUUUUAUUAUUUAUAACGACCAAUAAUACGGAAAUCGUUUCCUUUUUCUGUAUCACCUCCACUAUCUCUCUAGUACAUAACAUGAUGGCAUCUGAGAAUAAAACUAUUGACCUCAAGUAAUUCGACCCUAUCGAGAGAAGAUUAAAUCAUUUUUGUUUAAAAAAUAUCUCCUAAGGUGCAAUCAUUAUAGAACAAAACUAUCUGAUCCCACUAGUUAAGGAAUUUUUUUUGUAUCCUAGAAUAUUUAAUUGAUAAAUAACUGUAACAAUACUGAUAAUUUGUACAUAUAUUAUGUUCAUCAAUACAUAAGCAGUCCAGCGAAACUAACAAAGAAACAUAUUACAAGAUAAUUACACGUAAGAGAUACAUAUUCAAUUACUCACGCACUCGAUCUAAGCGUAACAAAAAGUCAUUAAUCAUAAGAACCAGACUUCUAAUGGAAGAUCUGUGUUUCUCCCUUUCACUCAAAAAGUGUUAUACAUUAUUGUUGGAUACGUCCCAUACGAUAGAGACUAUAUCGUUUCUUUACAAAUGUUCGGCACAUACUGUCUAGAAUUAAAUGGUAUUCAAAGAACUCUAAUUAAGGAUAAAUA